AAAUUGGACAACCACCAAUCUAAUAAUCCAUUGCCCACAUUACUUAGCUAUAUUUCCCCAUUACUCAAACGGGCUGCUGACACAUUUCAACCUCUCCUGUUCCCCCCCCCCUUCCUCUCUCUCUCUCUCUCUCUCAGAUUUCUCUGUUUCUCGGUUGCUCUAUUUAAACCAUAGUAUCCUUUUCUACUUUCUCAUUGCCUAUAGUAAAACAACUCCACAAGCUCUCUAAACAUGGAGGCGAGCACCUCCCAUGACCCUGAACGAAACUCCGCGUUCUACGCUCCCUUGCCAGAGCACCCCUCCUCCGGCGGAGCACCGGCCACUCGGAGUAGACCCUUGAAGGGUUUUGUAGUGAUACUUGCCUCUGUCGUUUUCCUACUCUCAUUGGUCGCAUUAAUUAUUAACCAAAGCCAAGAACCAUUACCAAUGCCCAACAGGGUCCCGUCAGCUUCUCCCACGUCAAAACCUGCGUCGUUUUCAGAGGCGGAGCCAAGAGGGGUCGCUGAAGGUGUCUCAGCCAAGUCAAAUCCAUCUCUUUUGAACGAAGUUUCGUUUAAUUGGACCAACGCUAUGUUUUCUUGGCAGAGAAGUGCCUACCACUUUCAGCCUCAAAAGAAUUGGAUGAAUGAUCCUGACGGUCCAUUGUAUCACAAGGGAUGGUACCAUCUUUUCUAUCAGUACAACCCUGAUUCAGCCAUAUGGGGCAACAUCACAUGGGGACACGCCGUAUCAAGGGACCUCAUUCAUUGGCUCUAUCUCCCACUCGCUAUGGUCCCUGAUUGCUGGUAUGAUAUCAACGGUGUAUGGACGGGGUCCGCCACUCUCCUGCCUGAUGGCCAAAUCGUAAUGCUUUACACCGGCAGCACCAAUGAGUCCGCGCAGGUGCAAAACCUUGCAUACCCCGCCAACCUAUCCGAUCCCCUCCUCCUUGAUUGGUUAAAGUACCCGGGUAACCCGGUUAUCGUUCCCCCAGCCGGGAUUGAAACCGAUGAGUUCCGGGACCCGACAACAGCAUGGCUCGGACCCGACGGUACCUGGCGGAUCACAAUCGGUUCAAGGUUUAAUGAAACCAUAGGAAUCUCCCUGGUGUAUCAAACAACAAAUUUUACGGAUUAUGAAUUAUUGGAUGGGGUUUUACACGCCGUUCCGGGUACGGGCAUGUGGGAAUGCGUGGAUUUUUACCCUGUUGCAAUAAACGGGUCAGUCGGGUUGGACACGUCCGCAUUUGGUCCCGGAAUUAAGCACGUGCUAAAGGCUAGUUUGGAUGAUACAAAGGUAGACCAUUAUGCACUUGGGACUUAUGACCCGGUAACGGAUAAGUGGACACCCGACAACCCGGAAGAGGAUGUGGGUAUCGGAUUAAAGGUGGAUUAUGGGAGAUACUACGCAUCAAAGACAUUUUUCGAUCAGGAUAAACAAAGGAGGAUUCUUUGGGGUUGGAUUAAUGAAACUGAUACCGAAACUGCUGACCUGAAAAAAGGAUGGGCUUCCCUUCAGACAAUUCCCAGGAGUGUUCUGUAUGACAACAAGACUGGAACUCAUUUACUUCAAUGGCCAGUGAAGGAAGUAGAGAGCUUGAGAUUGAACAGUACAGUGUUUGAGGAGGUGCUAGUUGAAGCGGGAUCAAUUGUGCCCCUUGACAUAGGCCCUGCCACUCAGUUGGAUAUACUAGCAGAGUUUGAAAUAGAGUCAUUGGAAUCAAAUACAACGGAUGAAGUCAGCGAUUGUGGUGACGGUGCAAUUGACAGGAGCACUUUCGGGCCGUUUGGAAUUCUGGUUAUUGCCGAUGAUUCACUUUCUGAGCUGACUCCUGUAUUCUUCCGCCCUGUUAAUACAUCGGAUGGCAGUCUCAAGACUUACUUUUGCGCUGACGAAACAAGGUCUUCCAAAGCUAACGAUGUCUUCAAACAAGUGUAUGGAGGCAAGGUUCCAGUGCUUGACGAUGAAAACUACAAUAUGAGGGUAUUGGUGGAUCAUUCAAUCGUGGAAAGCUUUGCUCAAGGAGGGAGGACGGUCAUCUCAUCAAGAAUUUAUCCAACAGAAGCCAUCUAUGGAGCAGCACGGCUAUUCUUGUUCAACAAUGCAACUGGAGUGAAUGUGAAGGCCACACUCAAAAUAUGGGAAAUGAAUUCCGCCUUCAUUCGUCCUUUCCCUUUUGAGGAACCAUUGUAGAAUGCUUCCUGCCUGCCAAUACCGCAUGAUGCUACUCUGUUAAAAUCUAUGGGAAGGUGGAUAGAUGUCUUGGUUGCCAACAGUCCAGAAAUUUUUUGGCAACCAGUAUUACUAGUGUUACGUUAUUUUAUUUUUUGGUCGGGCUGCCAUUGAGUUUAUUUUGUACUUAUGGUAUCCCCUACUGCAGGAUACUCUUGGUUUCACCUGGAAAAUAAAUUCAUAAAAUUGAGAUUCUUAGUUUUCAUUUUUUUUA